AUGAGUCCGCAGCCCCAGCCGACAUAUGUGCAAUACGCGCAGGCGCCGAUGCGAAACCCAGAUCUCGAGAAAGGCAACGGAGCUUUGCAGCAACCUUCAAAUGCUUCCCACACGCAGAUCAUGAACGCUUUGGAUCUUCAGAAGAAGCUCAUUGUGGCUUCGACUGCCAUCUUGACGAUUGUCAUCAUCAUCGUCGUUGCUGUUUCAGUCUCUGUGUCUAAGAACAACCUAGAGAGCGAUUACAGAAACGCUACGCAGGCAUCUGGAUCCGACUAUAAUUCUUGA